CAGACUUACAUUUAAAAGAUCACGGCGAAGUUACCCUGACGGUUCCUGCACCGACGCAUAGCUGUCAACAAAAUUCGGGAAUGGCGGAGGAGGCUCGCAAACCGCCGACAGGCGGGGCGGAGAACUCGCAGGGAGAUGCAGGGGAGCGCGGCGUUAGUGAUGUUGGAGAAGGAGGGGGAGGCGCAGGAUGGGGUGGUUGGGGCUUCCCGUCCUUUUCUGUGUUGUCGGAUCUACAGAAGGCUGCCUCGGCCGCAGCACAUGAGAUCUCCAGAAAUGCUGCUGCAGUUGCUAAAAGCAUCACAGAUAUAGAGAUUGCUGAAGAGGAUGCAAAGUUUGAUGCCUCUGCUGACAAAGAGGAGUUAGUGAAUGACAUCGAUGAUGAGAAAAACCUUCUCCGCAAGUCAGCUUUGGAUAAGUUGGAGAGAGCUAGUGAAGAGUCUUUGCUAGGACAGGGCCUGAAGGUUCUUGAUAGCUCGGUGGAAACCCUGGCUUCAGGGGCAUGGCUUGCAUUCGGGAAUGCUCUGAAGGGAGGAUCAAAACUUGUCCACAAACUAGAGCAUUCUGCUGCAAACCUUGCUGAUUCUAUUCAAAAUGGUGAGCUUCCUGGCAAAGCUACUGCCCUUGCACCAUCCAUAUUAGAGACUGGAAAGUCCUUCACUGCCAGGGGAAUGCAAAUGCUUGAACGAGUGGGCAAAGAGACCAUUGAGCUUCUUAUAGCUGAAACUGGUCUUGAAGAUGAGAAGAGCUCUAAGAAAGCUGAUCAACAUGUUGAUGAAGAGUCAUUUGAAGAAGUUACAUUUGACAGAUGCUUUUAUAUAUAUGGGGGUCCUGAUCACCUUGAGGAGCUGGAAGCUUUGUCAAACCAUCAUGCAUUAUUGUUUAAUAGGAGAAAGAUAAAGCUAGCUCAUGAACAGAAGUCUUUCUAUGAUGGAAAAUUGAAACUGAUCCUACAAAUUCUUAGCUUGGGUUCUGACUCUGAAGAAAGUGGAUUGGUCCUGGAUAAAGGAAAAAAUGUUUUAAGUACACAUGAUGGCAACAAUUUUGAGAUGAUGAAGCUGCGGGAUUCUAGCAUAAGCAAGGCCGCUGACAUGGCUGCAGGAUUUACUUCUGCCCUAGGUGGUAUUGAUGUAGUUGACAUUAUCCAGAGAACCACGGAUAGACUUGAGACGGUUUACUCAGAGGGUGUUCAAAGACUAUCUGAGUUUUGUUGCUUUGCAUUGUCACAUCUUCUAAUGCUAAGCAAGUCGGUCAUAUCUAGCGCAAACAGAUCAAAGUCUGAGGAAGCUGAUGAUGAUAACAUAAAAAUUGACUGGCCUGAGGACUCUAUUUUAAAGGCCCAGAUCAUCAGAUCCAAAGUCCAGCUAAUGUUUGUAGACAUGGAAUCCAUUUCUAACAGUUUCUUCACAGGUAUAUCGGACAUAAUGGAAGCGUAUCAAGCUGCCGUUAAAAACGCGUCGCCGGGAACUCCUACUGGUCCACCACAGCAGCCCAACUCUGUCCAAGAAAAAGCAAAUGUAAUCUCCAACCUGCUCAUUGUUGAUCGUUCAGCUGCCCUGGAGAAGAUUCGGGAUGGCCUGAAAUCUCUGGCUUAUGUGAUUCUUUCUACCUCCAUGCCUCCCAAGUAAAAGGUAAACUUUCAUAAAUUCUACACCAAAUCACUGCUUCAAUUCAUGAGUUUUGUACAUAGAUUUUUAGCAAAGUCUCUAGUAUUCUUCUGGCCAAGUUAUACUGCAUGAAUGCCUAUUUGUUAAUCAGACUUAUAUAGGAGAACAUUGCAACAUAUGAGGUUCGAUAAUAUAAAAGUUGUUUGG